CUCCAAUUUCGUUGCCAGUCGAUUUGUCCUUCCCAAACAACCAAUCACCACAGCUUUCGCCCCCACGACCCCACAGGAGCUUCACCAUCACCAGAUCGGACCCUCUCAACACGUGCGCGACUCCCCAGACAACACUUCUGUGCCAUUCCAUUCCAUCCAAUUCAAUUCCAUUCAACCAAACCAAAUUCAAUUCACCUCACCUCACCACACCCCAUCUAAACAUGCAGAGCAUGUUGAACCGCAUGUUCCACCGGGACUCCCUCCCUGAGAACAUGCCCAGCAUCUCAAUCAUGGGCCUCGACUCCUCCGGCAUAACAACCAUCCUCAAAAAACUCGCCUGCACCCCAAUCACCACCAUGGCCCCCACCAUUGGGCUCACCAUCGAGACAGCAAACAUCAAGAUCGAAACGCCUACCCAGGGCGGCAAGACCAAAAGGUUGGGACUCACCGCGUGGGCGACCGAUGUCGGGGGAUGUUCCAGGCUGUACCCGCUCGUCCAGAAAAUAAUGAUCGACCACGCGGCGCCGUCUGGCGUCGUGUGGGUCCUCGAUGCGAGUGACAGUGAUAGACUGAUGGAGAGUAGGGAGGAGCUCGCGAGACAUUUGCAGGCGCUCGAAAAAAGAGAUGCAAGUCGUGGGAAGGGGCUCCCGAUCUCGAUACUCCUCACAAAGACGGACCUACCCAACAGACAAAGCCUGGAAACCGUGCGCGCUCAGCUUGACAACGUCCUCGAUGGCAGGAUGGUCGCGUGGUUCGAAACAUGUCCCACAGCCCCUCUUCCUUCCAGCGGCUUGCCAGAAGCCUUCGCCUGGCUCGGCGACGCCAUCGCUCCACCGCCCGCAGAGACACCAAGCUCAGCCAAGCCCACCCUUCCGGAAACCGAGAAAGCCAUAGGCACCAAGCUCGCGGACAUGCGGUCCCCCUCCGCGCUCGCAGCGAAGCUAGACGACUGGCUCCGGCGCGCGGAAAAGGACGGGCCUGCUGAAGACCUCCUGCAGCAGUUCUACGCCCGCGAUCUACCCAGCUGGGACCACUACACGCAUCUUCGCCUCGCGUACGUCCUGCUGCUCAAGCAUGGGCGCAGAGAAGGCAAAAACAAAAUCUUCACCGGCUUCAGGUCCUACAUCGACCACAACGGCAAUACCAGCGGCAAGUCGUUCCACACGACGAUGACGUAUUUCUGGGUGCAGAUGGUGCAUCUGGGCAUCGCGUGCAUGGACACACACGCCCGCACGCGCAACGCGCAUUCGCUGAAAUCAGAGGGGCACGGCGCUGGUCUGGAUGACUUUGCGGCUUUCCUGACGGUGAACCAGUAUCUCGUCGAUGGCCAGCUGUGGGCGGAUUACUACUCCAAGGAGGUGCUGAUGAGCCAGGAAGCGAGGGAGGGCGUCGUCUUCCCGGAUAUCAAGGGGCUGCCGGAUGUCGUUGCCUCGGCACCUUCAAAUUACGUUACAAAGGCGAUACCGUUGGAGAGCGUGUCGGUGUCGAGUACGACUGCCUUAGUCUGAUCGGUAGCAUCGACGUGGUUCGGAGACUUUGGGAACUGUGGAAGCAUGCUGGAUCCAAGUUUCCGCGGAAGCAUUGGGCACUGCGGGAACGAAGACGUGCGUAAUGGGUCGAUUGGAUACCAGAGUGGCUCCUUCUAAGCUGUGAGUAUGUGUUACGCGCGGUAGACUUGGCCCAAUUAGGGAUGAUGUACUGUGAAUCAGCAAAACCCAACUAUUCGUUGCGUCCACAGUAAGCAGAACAGAAUCAAAAUCAAAAUCAGGAUCAGAAUCAACAACAUGGCUUUGCAAAACUUGCUGAACCAAACACGACCAUGGAGCUACUACCGCUCUACCCACGCAUC